AUGUCUCCUAGCAAGUUGGGCGUUUUUGCCCAUUUGGCGCUGGCCGCCAGCGCCGUGCUCAUCCCUUCUACCAUGACAACUGCGGAAGAGCUCGGGGACGACCACGCUUUUGAAUCUCUCGCCAUCAACCCCAGCCAACGAUCUGUUGCGUUAGAAUGUCCUGGUUGCGCCUUUGCGACAUAUGAUGGAGAAACUCUUAACUGGAAGGCUGACGCUGGAAAUGCCUUUCGCCUAGACUUCGACGUUGGACCUCAGGGCAACGCCCUAAACCUGGACAACUCUCAACUAUACCCGCCAUCGUUUGGCUUCGCUUCUGAGCCCUACCAUGUUGUACAAAUUGACCCUACCUCCGGAGACGGCAUGCGCCUACGCAUCACCAGCUACGAGUUCCGCUACGAUGGUGCGGAGACCAUCUCAGAGGAGGGCACCGAGCUCCUGCCGAUGACCUUCCAAAUCACCUCGGUCGAAGGCACCGCUGUCAACCCUCCCGCGCUCCAGAUCAACGUACUGAAGAACUCCGAAGGUCGCCUCAUGAUCGCAUCUUUCAACGAGGCCCAGCCUAGCCCGGCUACACCAACAGACAAGGAGUGCAAUGAGUGGCCGCUCUACUGCAAGUGGAAGAAGAUUAUGGAAGACCGCAUCGAUCAGAUUAAGGAUAUGCGCAAGCCCCGCCCCGGCUGCCACAAGCGACCCCACCCUGGUGCUCGUCCCAACAACCCCAUGGAGCAUGAGACCAUGGUUGGAAAGCCUCCGCACCGCUUCCGCCCUGGCAAGCCUCACCCGCACCACCGUCCUCACCACAUGAGCCACCACAGCCAUCAUGGCCACCACCACCGCUUCUCCAUGUUCGUUCGUCGCGCCUUCUUCACUAUCUUCGUCCCCAUUCUCAUUGGUAUCUUCGCUGGUACCCUUACAUACCUUGUGGGUAUGGCCCUUGGAUGUCUCAUUGCCAUCACUGUCGCCAAGUUCCGUGGCCAGCGCUACCAGCCGAUUGCUCUUGACGAGGAAGAUGUAGAGGAUGCGGAAGAGCACGGAGAGAAGGAGGAAUAUGCUGAGCUCCCUGCAUACGAUGCCCCUCCUGUAUACGAGGAGGCUACUGUUGAGGAG